AUGAGACAGCAGGUGAAGGCAGCCGCACUGGUUCUGUCUCCCUGCAGGUACCUGGAAGAGGUGGGCUACACGGACACCAUCCUGGACAUGCGGUCCAAACGCGUGCGCUCCCUCCUGGGCCGCUCGCUGGAGCUCAACGGGGCCGUGGAGCCCAGCGAAGGGGGCCCCAGGGCCACGCCAGGCCCUGGGGGGCUCAGCGGCGGUGAGUCGCUGCUGGUGAAACAGAUCGAAGAGCAGAUCAAGAGGAACGCAGCAGGCAAAGACAGCAAAGAGCGCCUGAGCGGCUCGGUGCUGGAGCAGAUCCCCUUCCUGCAGAACUGUGAGGACGAGGACAGCGACGAGGAUGAUGAGCUGGACAGCGUGCAGCACAAGAAGCAGCGCGUGAAGCUGCCCCCCAAGGCCCUGGUGCCCGAGAUGGAGGAUGAGGACGAGGAGGAUGACUCUGAGGAUGCCAUCAAUGAGUUCGAUUUCUUGGGCUCAGGAGAGGAGGGGGAGGGCUCCCCGGACCCUCGACGAUGCACUGGAGAGGGGACCCACCACGAGCUGGAAAGCCGGCGGGUCAAACUCCAGGGCAUUUUGGCCGACCUCCGGGAUGUGGACGGGCUGCCCCCUAAAGUGACUGGUCCCCCUCCUGGCACACCCCAGCCCCGGCCACACGAAGGUUCCUUUGGCUUCUCCUCAGACGUUUUCAUCAUGGACACUAUCGGGGGCGGGGAGGUGAGCCUGGGGGACUUGGCAGAUCUCACCGUCACCAACGACAACGACCUCAGCUGUGAUCUCUCUGACAGCAAAGAUGCCUUUAAGAAGACGUGGAACCCCAAAUUCACUCUCCGCUCACACUACGACGGCGUGCGCUCCCUGGCUUUCCACCACAGCCAGUCUGCCUUGCUCACCGCCUCUGAGGACGGCACGCUCAAGCUCUGGAACCUGCAGAAGGCUGUCACAGCCAAGAAGAAUGCUGCGCUAGAUGUGGAACCUAUCCACGCCUUCCGGGCUCACAGGGGCCCCGUGUUGGCAGUAGCCGUGGGCAGCAACAGCGAAUGCUGUUACAGCGGCGGGGCUGACGCCCGCAUCCACAGCUGGAAGAUUCCAGACCUCAACAUGGACCCCUACGACGGUUAUGACCCGAGCGUGCUGAGCCAUGUCCUGGAGGGCCAUGGGGACGCUGUAUGGGGCCUGGCCUUCAGUCCCGCCUCCCAGCGCCUGGCCUCCUGCUCUGCCGACGGCACCAUCCGUAUCUGGGAUCCCAGCAGCAGCCCAGCCUGCCUCUGUACCUUCCUCACAGCCAGCGAUCAUGGGAUCCCCACCUCAGUGGCCUUCACCAGCACCGAGCCUGCCCACAUUGUGGCCUCCUUCUGCUCCGGCGACACUGUCUUGUAUGACCUGGAGGCUGGCAGCGCUCUCCUCUCGCUGGAAUCUCGGGGGAGCAGCGGCCCAACCCAGAUCAACCAGGUGGUGAGUCACCCGAACCAGCCCCUCACCAUCACCGCCCACGACGACAGAGGCAUCCGCUUCCUGGACAGCCGGACAGGGAAAUCUGUGCACUCCAUGGUAGCCCACCUGGACGCGGUCACCUGCCUCGCCGUGGACCCCAACGGCGUGUUCCUGAUGUCGGGAAGCCACGACUGUUCCCUGCGUCUGUGGAGCCUGGACAACAAAACGUGCGUGCAGGAGAUCACAGCCCACCGCAAGAAGCACGAGGAGGCUAUCCACGCUGUCGCGUGCCACCCCAGCAAGGCCCUCAUUGCCAGCGCUGGUGCCGACGCCCUGGCCAAGGUCUUCGUAUGAUGCCCACCUGGCCCCGCCCUGGCUGCCGUGCCGGCUGGGGAGCGGGGCCGGGCAGGUGGCACUGAGGUGACUCCCAGCCUCAGUCUGGAGGCCUGGAGGCCUGGCCUCUUCCCGCCUGCCUGGGAGCCUGGUGGUGCUAACGGCCCUUUCCCCAGGAGGCUGACCCCACGGCCUGUCCUUCCCCAGGCAUCCAGCCUGGGGAGCAGCCUCCUUCAGGAAUCACCCUCUGGGAUGGCCUCGGGGAGUUUCCUCUCUGUGCCCUGCCACCCAGUCCUGGUAUCGGAGCCACCUUCUCGGGUGCAGCACAGCCGGGGCUGGGUGUCCUUGGGGAUCAGCUUUUCCAAGACGCCAGAAGGUGCCAGGUUCUCUCUUUGAACCCCUGACCCCCCCUUCUCCAUCUUCCCAGACCUGAGUGGGAGCUGUGCUGGGAGGAGCCCCAGGCGCCCCUGCUCUGGGUCCCCUGGGAAACCAUGGAGCCAGCUGGACCCUGGGCUGCCCUCAGGGGGAGUGCCCGGCCUGGCCCACCCCACAAGCACGCCCAGUCCCCCACCCUCCCCUCCAGUUCCCUCAACACAGCUUUCCAGACACUACCCAGCGUCUCCAGGGCCAGUAACUGCCUGGGGAGCAGGUGAUGCCCUCGGGGGAGGCGCCCACCCCUACCUCCCCCACUGCUCCCAGCCCUCCUCCAGGGGCAGCCCCCCAGCCCCCAUGGGGUCACCCAUGGGGAGAGAUGGCCUUCUCUUGCCCCUCCCUAGGGCAUGGAGGCUGAGGGGGUCCCCCGGGUCCCCCACAACUCUCUGUAUAUCUGUAUAAAUAAAUGGGAUGUUAAUGGAGCCCCGCCCCCCACCCCCCAUGUUGUUAUCACUGUGUGAUAGUCUGUGUCUCCUCUCCUGGUCCUCCACUCUCUUCCUCUAUUUAUUUCACUCUCUUUUUUGGGUUCCACCCUGAGCCCUCGGGCCCCCUUCCAGGUUCCUGUUUAUAAGCCCCCGUCCCCUCUGCCCUGGACUUGGAUGUGAAACUUGUCUCAAUAAACCCUUUGGAGUAAGA